GGCGGCGCCACGCUGCGCUCGCGCAGAUUCCCGAGUGCUAGGAAACGGCCUUCCCUGCGCCGCGCGUGACGCCUCGGCUCGCCCUCUGAUGGAGCGCGAGGGACGCUCUCUAGUGCGCACGCGCUCCGAGCAGAUGCACGCGCGAGCCACCCUCGCGCUGUCCCGGGGGUGAGAGCGAGGCGCGGUUGCCCCGCGCGGGGGGAAGCCGUUAGCGGCGCGCUCGCAGGGAAGCGGAGCCGGCGGCGGCGGGGGCCCAGGCUGGGGGAUGUUCGUGGCGCGCAGCAUCGCGGCCGAUCACCGCGACCUCAUCCACGAUGUCUCCUUCGACUUCCACGGGCGGCGCAUGGCGACCUGCUCCAGCGACCAGAGCGUCAAGGUUUGGGACAAAAGUGAAAAUGGGGAUUGGCAUUGUACUGCCAGCUGGAAGACACACAGUGGGUCCGUAUGGCGUGUGACAUGGGCUCAUCCUGAGUUUGGACAGGUCCUGGCUUCCUGUUCUUUUGACAGAACUGCUGUAGUGUGGGAAGAAAUAGUGGGAGAGUCGAAUGAUAAACUUCGAGGGCAGAGUCACUGGGUAAAAAGGACCACUCUGGUAGACAGUAGGACAUCUGUUACAGAUGUGAAGUUUGCUCCCAAGCAUAUGGGUCUUAUGUUAGCAACCUGUUCGGCAGAUGGAGUAGUGAGGAUAUAUGAAGCUCCAGAUGUUAUGAAUCUCAGUCAGUGGUCACUGCAGCAUGAAAUCUCAUGUAAGCUAAGCUGCAGUUGCAUUUCUUGGAAUCCAUCAAGCUCUCGAGCUCAUUCUCCGAUGAUAGCUGUAGGAAGUGAUGACAACAGUCCAAAUAUACUGGCUAAGGUUCAGAUUUAUGAAUACAAUGAAAACACCAGGAAGUAUGCAAAAGCAGAAACUCUUAUGACAGUCACUGAUCCUGUACAUGAUAUUGCAUUUGCUCCGAACCUGGGAAGAUCCUUCCAUAUUUUAGCUGUAGCUACCAAAGAUGUACGAAUUUUCACACUGAAACCUGUAAGGAAAGAAUUGACUUCUUCUGGAGGACUAACAAAAUUUGAAAUUCAGAUAGUAGCUCAGUUUGAUAAUCACAAUUCCCAGGUCUGGCGAGUGAGCUGGAACAUUACAGGCACAGUGCUUGCAUCAUCUGGUGAUGAUGGCUGUGUUAGACUAUGGAAAGCUAAUUACAUGGACAACUGGAAGUGCACUGGUAUACUGAAAGGUAAUGGGAGUCCAGUCAAUGGUAGUUCUCAGCAGGGAAUGUUUAAUGCUUCUCUAGGUUCAGCCAAUACAAGCCUACAGAAUUCAUUAAAUGGAUCAGCUGCUGGCAGGUAUUUCUUUCCCCCUCUGGAUUCCCCACGGGCUGGAUCGAGAUGGUCCAGUUAUGCCCAGCUCCUACCACCUCCUCCUCUGAUAGAGCACUCUUGCGAUGCUGACACUGCCAACUUCCAGUAUCCUCACCCAAGCAGACGAUAUAGCUCUCAGCCUCUUAACCUUUUACCUGAGAAUGAAGGGGUUUCGAGCGAGCGCGGCGCCUGCGGGGGGAGGCGGAGGGAAGCUGAGCGACGGUUUGAAGUUGUGGCGGUUGGGUGGCCGGGCUGCUCCUGUCUCUGCUCUGUCCGUGCGGGGAGGUGCCGGUGUCGGGUCCCGGCUGCUGCUUUUCCCCCCUCGCCGUGUGGGCUCCCCCGCGCCAGGCGCACGCGGCGGUGCCGGGCAGUCAGGAUCCUUCGGGCGCUUGAGGCCUGUAGAAACAGAGGAAGAUGCUGUCUGCUCCAAGCAGCUUUACAAGCUAAAUACAGUGUGCUAUUGUAUGGCAGGAUGGAAGACUUCAGAAAUAUUGCGGAUGAGACAUUUCCAAGCUUUUUGGCUAACUCACUGAACAGUAAUACCAGUGGGAUUUUGGAGAAUGUCACCAUUUCAUCAAACCUUGGCUUACCUGUUGCAGCUUCAACUGUUGCCAGGAAUAAAACAGGUUGUGACAACAGGCUUUCUGAUAUUCAAGCUUCUUAUCUAGAAGAAGGGAGAUUUUCACUGCCAUCAGCAUCUUCUCAUAGUGGUCAGUCUGCUUCGGAGCCAAGGGGGAAGUUAGCUCUCAGCUUUCAGGGUGACUUGGGAGUUACUACACUAAUUACAGAAGCUCAACCUGUUUCUGAUGGUUUGAAAGAGUCCAACUUAAUACAGAGAGGGCACAACCAGCAUGCCAUCGCUGAGUGUUCAAGUCUCAGUCAAGAUACCUUGUUUGACAUAUUACCAAUUGAACACUUGGAAGAUUUGUCCAUUGGAAUAUGUUCACUACCACAAAGUAAAAAGGAAAACCAGCUCCUGUCUUCCUUGUACCUGUCUUUAUUACUCUUUCUGGGAAUGGCUGCAAGGAGAACACAAGGUGCAUCACAACCAGAACUCAUGAUUGGUGCACCUGAACCUGGAGAAAAAAUUUCACCUUCCACCAACUUAAGUGACCAUUUCAGCACAAGUCUUUCAGGUUUCUUAGAAAAUGAGAAACUGCUGUCUCUUGCAAGCCUAGAAGGAAACUCAACUGAUGACGAUAUUGAUGAUGAAGAGUUCUAUGACAACCAACUGGAAGCCUAUUUCAAACAGCUGGUGUCACCAGAAGUGCCAAGAGGUGAUUGUGAAAGACAGGAACUUUCAGAAUGUAGUACAGCAUUGAAGCUGCCUGAAAAUGGAUUAAAACAGGAGAAUUUCAAAGUGCCUCACAUUCACCAAGAUGCCACAGGAAUGGAUUCUGCAACUGCUAGUGAUGAAGAUUCACAUGAAUUGGAGAAAGCUGGACAUAAUGUACAAAGAAAACCAUUCUUCUUGCCAAAAAUGGUAAGACAACUGAUAGGCGAAACUGACAAGCCAAGUUUUAGACCUGGACUAGAAGGCAAUAGUUCUGAUGAGUCUUCUGUUGGAACAGUAGCCAAUAAUUCCAAAAUAGAAUACAGUCAGUCUGCAGAGGAUCAGGUUAUUGGUCCAUCGGUAACAGGAAAUGGUUGUGGCUUUGGAGAUCUUGGUAGUGGAAGUGAAGGAACAGCUUUGGUACCACUAUUUCCCCCUAACAUGCAGAGUUUUGAUACAGGGGUAAUUGGAAGAAACAUAACUGGAGAAGAAAAUGAAGUCUUAGUCCAGGCUUCUUCCAAAUAUAUGACUCUUGAUGAUAUUCCUACUCACAAUGAGGAUGCCAUUAAUGGUGAAGAUGUACUAAAUUCCAUCAGUGUUGCUGAAUUCAAACUAGAUUCAUUAUACCUUCAGCACAUGGGUGUCAAUAAGACUGUGGUUGAUCUCUCUGAUGCCAUUUUAGAGCAGAGAACACAGUUCUCUAACUUGUGUCAUGCCUUUUCAUCUGAUGCUGAAGAAGUAUUGCACUUGACAGAUGAGGUAUUUGUGUAUGACACAGCUCCUCAAAGUCCUGUCAAUGAAAAUGCAGCUGUGACUGAUACAAAUCUAGUUGAUGAGUGUGAACUUGGUCUGGCUGAUACUUACCUGUCUCCAACUGCUGAUGGUAGAGCAAAUGAAUAUCAAAAUGCAGCAGAAGAAGUAAAUUCAGCAUUUUAUGACCUGGAUGACCCACCACACAGUGUUGUCUAUCAAAAUGAAGAGGGAAAAUGGGUGACUGAUCUGGCAUAUUAUACCUCAUUUGAUAAAGAGCAAGACUUAAAUCUGCCUGCAGACAAUAAAAUAAGUGAGGAUUUCAUAACUGCAUCUGAAGCAAUAGCUAAGAUCGCACAAGAUCAAGAAGAAUUUGAGAGAGAUCACAGAUUUUUGCAGGAAGAAAAAAUAGACACACACAAUACAUCUGAAGUAGAGGAUACAUCAUGGAAAUCUGCCAAUAGCUAUAACCUGCUGAAGGCAUCCCAAACAACAUCUGAUCUUAGUAAAGACGCUAGCUACUUACGUUUGUCUUUGGGGGAGUUCUUUGGUCAGAGAUCGGAAGCUCUUGGCUGUCUUGGCGGAGGCAGUGACGUGAGAAGGCCAUCUUUUGGUUAUCAUAUUACAUCUCCAGAGAAAAGGCAACCUGUAGCUUUGUUAAGGCAGUCUGAUGCAUCAAGAGGCAACUCUGAGCAAGAGAGUUCACAAAUUUCUGAUACAUUUUUUCCAGAAGUCAUAAAAGUGCACACAAGGGAAUAUCCAGACUCUGUGUCAGCCACGUUCACUGUUGAUGAAAUGGAGACUACAGCAGGAAUAAGUAAAGGCAUAAAUACGCAAACUGCUACUGAAAGUGAAAUAGAGGAAAGACUUGAUAAAAGCAAAUUUGAAGACAAGCUGCCUGAUUUCACAGAUCCUAUCCUGAGCAUAAGCACAAUUGCUUCAGCUAUUGCUAAUGCAUCUGCUAGUGCUGAUCCUUCUCAAUUAGCUGCUAUGAUAACGGCUCUUUCAAAUAAAAGUAGAGAGAAACCCUUCCUUCCUGAAGCUGAUAAAGAUACAGACCUCUCCUUCAUUAAUCAGCUUUUAUCCAGCAAAAAAGAAAAGCAUAAUGCUUUUAAUAUGGAGAAAUAUCUUAAAAAGACUGAAGAGGCUGGGCAUGAAAGUGAGCCUGAAAACUUUACAAGAUCUGAUGUAUCUGUCCAUGACCUUAUUUGGGAUAGUUCUUUACCAUAUAAACAUAAAAGUCAAGAUACUCAAGCAGCAGACUUGCUAAAUAGUAAUCUUCUUAUGAAGCAAGGAGGAGGGAAAUGGCUUCUGGACUGUGUAGAAAGCUUUUACGAAGAAAAUGGCACCCAGGAUUCCUUUUGUGCAUCUAACUUUCCUGAGAAUAGAAAGAAAAAUGUAAACAGGGCUAAGCAUUCAGAAAAAUCAUCUGAUUUGAUAACUGGUAAACAACCACAGCCAAAGAGAACUAGCCUUACUUUAAAUGUACUAGAUACAGAAAAGACAUCCAGUGAAAAUGAGAGACAAGGAUUUUUGAGUGUGUCUGCAACAAAAAAGGAGAUGGUGUGUAUAGGCAAGUGUGCUUCAUUAAAGCAAUUUGCUAGCCAAACCAAUAGCCUCUCAAACUCACAUAUUAACGAUUCCAGUGAAAAUAAAGAAACAACUCAUCAGGUGAUGAACAAAAUUGUUUCUAGAUCAAGUAAUGACUCAGUGAAGAGAGCAACUACAGAAAGCACAGUGUCAACCAACAGCUUAAAAUUUGUCCAGCAGUCUAGUAUUCCAUUACCUAUAAGUCCCACCAACAUAAAAUCUACACAGAAACUGAGCAAAGCUGAGCAAAGCGGAAAAAUGCAAAAAGGAAUCAAGGAAGCUCAUGCUACUUGCAAUAAUUUUGUAAAACACGUGACUUUUGAAAAGCCUUCUGUGACUUCCCCAAAAAGUAUCGAUCAGAAACCCACGUCUUCUGAAUGUGACUUACAGUCAUCAGAGGAUGAACAAUAUAGCUUCAGACCCUCAACUUCACCAUUAAUUCAUUCUUCUCCCAGCGAAGCUUCUGGAACAACUCUUCCAGGAUCUGAAACUGAUUCUCCUUGCACAGCACCUUAUUUUCAGAGUUCUGCCUGCAAUGACAGUACCUUGAUUGAGUCAGUAUGUUCAAGUCCUAGCAUGAGUCGACUGACAUAUGUCUCUGCAACUGACAAUACCCUUAAGAAUAUAGCCAUCAUACCUAGUGCAGUGAGACAUGAGAAUAAUAAUGCUAGUGAGUUGAGCACAACAAUAAUUCGAUCCAGUCCAACUCCAUUAGUAGAACAGACUACUGAAAAACCCGAAGACUUCUCAUGGCAAAGAAAUAGAAGAGGAACAUCACUAAACACUAGUCAGAAGAACGUGAAUGAGAAACCAGAAGCAAGUGAGUCUACAGGUCCUAGCAGCAAACUUGAAGAUUUAGUACCUAACCAUAAAUUGUCCAGAGAGUGUUUACCAAGAAGUGAAAAUGAGUUUACAUCUAGUCUUCCAAACACAACAUCCAGUCAGAACGAAAUGGGACAUGUUAAUCCAGCUUUACCAAGCAAGUCAUGUGUUCUUCAGCCAUUAUCUGUUAAUGUCGAUACACCUGUAGCUUGGCAGGAUCAUACAAACAAAACAAAGAAGCCAGGAUUAUCCUCUUUAAAUAUGGUACCCACAUACAGUGCAUUAGGUGUUUAUAUUCCAUUAAAUCAAAAUACGUGUGGUGAACAGUAUAUUCCUAUUUCAAGCUUCAAAUCCCAUGGAUCUGCCUCUGAGACUCAGACAGUGUCUUCUGCAAUUCCCACGCUACUUACUGGCCGUUCACUUGCAACAACAGCAUUUGCUCAACAAUACCUAGGAAACAUGCAAUCAAGUGGAAAUGUUGCUUUGUCUCAGUAUGGUGGCAGCUGCACCGGUUGUUGUCUUCCAGCAGGACUUCCUUUUUCUAGCAUCCCAGCAGGACACGUUCAGAAUUCAGUUACGGUAGGAAUUCCUUUAGGUCCAAGUGUUGGGCCUGGAUUGUUGGGUACAUCUUCACUUUGUAAUCCACACUCUGGUUCCUGGAACACGAAUAUUUUAAGUACAGAAUCGUACAUUGGGCAAUCUGCUGGUCCUAAUGGAAGCAAACGGUGGGAGCCAUCUGGGUUUGGACAUGUGAGAGUACCAGAAGAGCUGAAGUUCCCCAAUGCUUGUUGUGUAGGAAUUGCAUCACAAACUAGUCUUGGUAUUUUUAAUCCAACUGAAAGAUGGUUGCAGGUCAGCAUUGGAAUUUUCAGUAUUUCAAUUAAUGGAGAAAAGAUGGAUCCUCUGAAAUGUCAGUGUCUAGUGUUCAAGAACAAAACCAUCAUAGGACCUCAUUCUACAGAAGAGCUGAAAAUACUUUUCUUACCUUGUCAUCCUGGAAUCUUCCAGUGUGUCUUCAGUAUUUCAUCUUGGCCGGUUUCUGCAGAUGCUGAGACAAUAGUCCAGGCAGAAGCUUUGGCAACUAGGGUAGUUUUGACAGCAGUUGCUGAAAAUCCUAAUCUCGAGGUGGAAACAGGAAAGACAGAUGGUCUAGAUUUUGGUGACCUAUCAUCUGGCAGUUGGAAGGCUCUUCCACUAAAACUAAUCAACAAGACCCAUGCUUCUGUGCCCAUCAGACUUAUUAUCAAAGCAAAUGCUGUAGCGUGGCGUUGCUUCACAUUUUCCAAGGAACCAGUUAAUACUUUUAUUGAAUGUUCAUCUCAGACUGAUGCAAUCUCUCAGCUAGCAGCUCCAUCAGUUGUGAACCACGUGAUACACGCGAGUUAUGAUGGACAAGAUCCUGAAAACUUAAUAGUGUGGGUCCUGUUCCACGCACCAAAGAAACAAAUCUCUCUUUCAGAUAUCUUGGGUCCAGCAGAUGAGUUCUUAGCAAGAGUUGAUGUAGAGGUUGACAGUCCAGGGCCUACUAGUGUGAUAAAAAGUAUUCCCCUCAGAGCAAGAGCUGGAACAGCUAGGAUACAUGCUCCAAAGGACUUACAGGCCAUGUGUCUGUCUGCUAGUGUGGGUUCUUCAGCCAAGCAGCAGCUGCCUUUAAAGAAUGCUGGAAAUAUUGAAGUCUAUUUAAAAAUUAAGACGUCAGGUCAAGACAACUGCAUUUCUGUUGAACCUGAGGAUCUUUUCCUUAUGCCUGGAGAAGAACAAGAAGUGGCAGUCCUAUUUUCUCCAAAAGAUUUAAAAACCAGUAGUGAAAGUAUCUUGAAAAUCCUUGUGUUGCCAUCUGGACCUCAGUAUGAAGUGGUGGUAAAAGGUGAGGUGAAUAUUUUGGGAAACAGACCACUGGCAACGACUUCCUGCUACUCAGACAUUCCACCCAUUCUCUCCAAUAAGCAGUUCAUGGCAUGGGGAGGGGUUACACUUGGAAGAACAGUUCAACAGAAACUAACUCUACGAAAUAACUCUCCAUCUGCAACUCAGCAUUUACGACUUUUGAUAAGAGGUCAAGAUCAGAACUGCUUUCAGUUGAGAAAUACAUUUGGUACAGAAGAGCGGUUGACUAGUAAUCAGGAGCUCAAAAUCCGCCCAAGAGAAGAUACCAAUAUCUUCUUGAUGUUUGCACCCACUCAUGUAGCUUGCAUGUUAGCAAAGCUUGAAAUCAAACAGUUGGGGAUUCAAUCGCAACCAGGAGUUAAGUUUACUAUACCUUUGUCUGGAUAUGGGGGAACAAGCAAUGUAAUUUUAGAAAACGUUAAAAAGCUCUCUGACAGUUACAUGGUAACACUGAAUGAAUUAUUGCCUGAUAAAUUUAGAGAAGUUACUUUCCGCAUAAGAAAUAUGGGCUCUCGAGCUGCCUAUGUUAAAGCACUAUGCUUUAGGGACCUUCAGUCAAAAGUUGUCAUGGAUCCUAAAGUGAUAGUUAUUUCUCCAGAGAAAUUUGUACUUAAGGAAGGAACACAAGAGGUGGUUACAGUAACAUGUAAUCUUGUGGAAAGAGAAGAAAUGUUACAUAAAACAAGCACAUCGAUAUUAUCUACAAUAUGCUUCUUUUGUGGAGAUGAAGUUUCCAGGCAACAGUAUCGCAGAGCUGUGCUGUAUAAACCAGAGGCAGCAAAACAAAUACUCCCUGAAAACAGCAUGCUGAGAAACAUUACCUUUGAUGAAGAAUUUCAAGGGGAACAGCUAGUGACGGAAGUGUAUGACCUACCACAAAGGACAAAUGACAUCGAGCUUUUUUAUGGAAAUAUGCGUAAAGUUAUUCUUUCUGUGGUUGGAGAUGCUAGAGAUUCCAGUUUUAAGAGGGAUUGUCUUCAGCAGUCUCAAGGACAUAGCUUGGAAUCAGACAGACUUGGAAGCACUGAUACACAUACCAAUACAACUUUGGAUGUUCUUCCAGUUAAAGGACCUCAAGGUCCCCCAUUAUCUUUAAAUACUGAUGACCCUGUUCAGAAUAAAUUGAUUUCUCGAGAGACAUGGACCGUUCAGCCUGAACACUUAAUUUUGAAAUCUCCUUCUAUUAGUGGAACAGCAGAAACUGGACAUAUACAAAUUAUGAACAAUUGUAAUAGGUCAUUGAAAUUUGAACUUUCUUGGCCAGCUCAUUGUCUUACAAUAACACCUCAACAUGGAGUUAUUGAGCCAGAGACCAGUAUCUUAAUUCUUGUGAGUCCUAAUCCAUCACUUGCCACAAAGCCCUCAGUAUUUCCUUGGAGUGGUCUAAUUUAUGUACAUUGUGACAAUGGACAAAAGUUCAUUAAAGUUCAGAUUCGAGAAGACAUUGCCCAGGAUGUAUCUUCAACAGGCUCAGCAUCUAAAAAGCUUGAUGUCCUUACACCACCAUCUGAGUCUGUCAUUCAUAUGAUAAAGCCACUUCCAAAGCUACCAUCAACAAAAGUUGAAAUAAAGAACAGAGCUAUUAUUUUUCCUGAAACAAGAUUUGGUGAAAGCUCAGAAAACUACCUAGAGAUGGAAAAUAAUGGGAAUGAAGAUGUGAAGUGGCACUUGUCGUCUUUUGCCCCACCAUAUGUCAAGGGAGUAGAUGAAAGUGGAGAUGUUUACAGGGCUACCUACACAGCUUUCAGAUGUUCCCGUGUUUCUGGUACACUUGGAGCUCAUGGAAAAGAAAAAGUUGCUAUCAUCUUUUUACCUAGGGAUAGAGGAGACUAUGCUCAAUUUUGGGACCUGGAGUGUCAUCCACUUGCAGAACCUCACAUGAAACAUAAAAUAAGAUUUCAACUUUCUGGAGUGGGUGCUAAAACAGAAAAUGAAGCUGUAAAUGCAAAAGUUUCCACAUGUGCCCUAAUAAAAACUGAAAUUCCAGUUAUGCCAAGAAGAAGAGCUGGCUCUGAAGCUUCUACACUUAAAACUGGGCUAAAUGAAGUCAUUCGAGGAGUGUAUGCCCGAGAAGAUCAUUAUACGUUUCUACCAACCAGAGUUGGGGAAUCAAGCACUUUAAAAGUCAAUUUGCGGAAUAAUACUUUUAUUACUCAUAUGCUGAAGUUUGUAAAUCCCAGAGAGCCUUUCCACAUCAGGCACUCGAAAUAUUCUUUGAGAUCCCAGCAUUAUAUCAACCUGCCAGUCCAGUUCAAGCCAAAGUCAGCAGGCAGAUUCGAAGGUCUGUUGGUUGUGCACAUAGACAAAUAUGGCAGUCUUGGUAUUCGAUUACUUGGUGAAGCUCAUGCAAAAGACUAAUUGGAGAGCAGCUUUAUUAAUAAUCCAAACUAAAUUAUUGAAGUAUUGGUGUUAUAUUUUCCUUACUAACUUACUAAUAUUUUGUACAUUAUGAUGCUACUUUUAUGUAAAAUCUUUUGUAAAUUAAAUUGAGGUGAUUGUGAAAGCAAAGAUUCAUUUGUUAAACGUUCUAAAAUGAGGAUAAAUCACUUUGUAUGCUUAAAAUUAUCAUGUUCUAGCUUAUAUUUCUGCACCUUUUUAUAAGGGAGAAAAGUGUUCUAUUUUUUCAUUGAUUAUGAUUUGCUAAAUACAGAUUAUUUAUUUUAAAUUUAGUUCAGAAAUAAAUUUGUCAUUUGUAAUUCACAUUUUUAAUAAACGUAUUUUUCAUGUGAAUGUCUUGAGUUUUUAGAGUGCACUGUAUUUUCCAAAUAUUAUAUAGCUUAACUUCAAAAUUGUCGUUAAUCCCCACAGCAAUUUCACUUAUAUUGAUAUUUGAUCCUUCAUAGGAUACUUACACAAACAUACAAAAUCUCAGAAAUUCAGGGCGACUCCCAUCUAUAUGCAGUUUAAGGACUAGCAAUUAUCAACAAUUGAGGACUAAAAAUUUGGAAUAUGAAAAAAACCCCUCUGAAUAUAUCUAGUACAGUGCCCCUUAACAGCUCUAGUACAAUUAUAUCCCAGGUAUGCGGUUCCCUUAAGCAUCAUAAAGAUAUUAUUAAACCUAAAUACCCCUGCUGGGCUAUAUAGGAUCAAUUAUAUGGCACUCAGACUCAGGAAUAUAAAUCUGUCAAAAGUUUCGAUGUUCUGUCCUGGGAGCUAUACUAUAAAAUCUGGGGGGAAACCAAAACAAAUUACUUGUUAUGAAGGCUAGAUUAUUUUUUGCUAACCUGGUAGUGAGUCACUGUACAGCAAUGUAAUACUUCAGUUGCUUAGAACACUUACAUAAAAGUACAUCAAAACAAUCUGUUUACAUGUUUUAUAAGAGUCCGGCUAA